GUUCAAGUAUGACUACCUGGAACCUGUAAAACAUGCCCGGUCAUCUAUUACCUAACUCAGGCGUGUUAAAGUGUGACUACCUGGACAUGUAAAAUAUGCCCGGUCACCUGUGACCUUACCCAGGUGUGUUAAAGUGUGACUACCUGGGACCUGUAAAACAUGCCCGGUCAUCUAUUACCUAACUCAGGCGUGUUAAAGUGUGACUACCUGGACAUGUAAAAUAUGCCCGGUCACCUGUGACCUUACCCAGGUGUGUUAAAGUGUGACUACCUGGAACCUGUAAAAUAUGCCCGGCCACCUGUGACCUUACCCAGGAGUGUUAAAGUGUGAUUACAUGGAACCUGUAAAAUAUGCCCGGCCACCUUUGACCUUACCCAGGAGUGUUAAAGUGUGACUACCUGGCACCUGUAAAACAUGCCCGGUAACCUGUUACCUAGCUCAGGUGUGACAAAGUGUGACUACCUGGAACCUGUAAAAUAUGCCCGGUCACCUGUAACCUAACUCAGGUGUGACAAAGUGUGACUACCUGAAACUUGUUAAAUAUGCUCGGUCAUAUGUAACCUCACUCAGGUGUGACAAAGUGUGACUACUUUUGAACUUGUAAAACACGCCUGGUCACCUGUUAACUAACUUAAGUGUGACAAAGUGUGACUACAUUUAUCCGUACCUGUACGUCUGUAAAACUCGCCCGGUCAGCUGUAACCUUACCCAGGUGUGACAAAAUGUGGCUACCUUUAUGCGUAAAAUGCACCCGGUCACGUUAAGUUAACUUAGGUGUGACAAAAUAUGACUACAUUUGCGUCUGUAGAUCACGAUCGCCCACAUGCGACUUUACACAGGUUUAAUAAAUCUUGACUACCUGUGAGAAUAGAAAACGGGCCCGAUCAUUAGACAUAUCGCCACAUACAGGGCAUAAUCAGACGUUUACCACAUUUACAGCAGGGUUCAGGUUUCUUGUACUUCUAUCUGUUUAGGAGUUUGACGCCAGACUAUGUGAUAGUAGUAGGUUUAUGUGUUGUGAGCAUGUGUUGUAGAUGGACACACUAUGUCGACAGAGUAAUCACCUUCCCAUCGAAAUGUCGUCGUGGUUGUCACUCCAGUUAAUCCGUUAGAAGUUUUUACGUACCAGUGUAUAUAAUACUGUGGACUGCCGUAUGUGUCCUUUACGAGAUAUGAUGACGGUGCACGUGUUUUUGAAGUGUGUAGAUGUUCCCAUGCGUCUGUUUUAAAAUCAAAAUAAUGCUUCCUAAAUUUACUGCAUCAGCGUAGACCACAUCAUUCACGAGAUUCGGAAACAGAUUUACACGAAAAUGAACCAAUUUUCCGAUACAUUUUAGACAUAUCAAUGAACUAGCGGCACUAGGUGAGGCCCUCUCGGAUAUUAACAAGCCGCUGAUUGGUUGACCACUGUUCCGGAGCUUGGCGCUCACUGAUCAGUUGCUGAAGCUGAAAGUAACACAGCAUUUACGUCACACUUGGAUGGUCACGGCAAUUGCAGCCGCUGUCAAUCCCCACUUAUACUGCUUAUCGAUCAAACGUAGAGUGGAGCGAUGUUGUUUGUGGAAUAGUGGUGCAGUCUGUCGUCACACUCGCUUGUGCAUGUCCGCCGUUACACGUGCAGUGUCCGCAGUAACUGCACGUGCAGUGUCCAUAAUUACACGUGUAGUAUUCACACUUAAGCUGUGACUAAUAUCGGAGUUACGGACAGAAUUUCCGGGUGGAUUUUAGGGUUGUGUCGUAAGCCCGAAUACUAGCAGUGCUUUAUAGACGGACAACACCUACUGCGAUGGGCAUAACAGAAACCAAUAACGAGAGAAGAAGGUCGCGCUACCUGAAAUGGGGUCAGCUGACAUAAACAAAGAUGGCCACGAGAGUCAGUUUGAGCAGCAGUUACCCUCGAUCGCCUAUGUAAGCCAAGUCAGUUAAUACUGAUGUCAGGGUAUUGUACAGAACAGUUUAGCGAGAAGCUGAAAUAAGGCUACAUUUACUUGUGUCGUUAUGGAAUCUCAAAGCGCCAAGGAACAUAUGUCAGAUUAUGACACCGGAAGUGACGAGGAGAUAGAAAGGAUACUUUCCAAGGCCGAUACUGAGAUUGUUAAUGACGGCGAGGACGACGAACAUUUGCACGCAAGUAGGGUGAGUGGUAGACGAGAAGAUGACAUACAGCAAGAAAACCUCUCUUUCACAGCUGCUGAAAACGGCAUUUGUAAUGAGGGCGAUGAUCCAUAUUUCGUCCCUUCGAACCGGAAGUCGGGUUGCUGCGCGUGUUGCUUUUGUGGAAGAUCAAGAAAGCACAAAAAUCACGAGGUGUAUCCGAAAUCUUCACCACAUUCAAAGACACUCGGCAAAAAACCUCAAACUCGUGCAAAGUCUCAAAAUCGCCGAGGUAAACGCUGUGUGAAAUGUUGUAAGCAGUUUGUAGCUUUUCUCUUCUCUCACAUAGGAAUGUGUUCUCUCGUGGUUGCCUAUUCCAUUCUCGGAGGAUUCAUUUUUAAAGAGCUGGAAGCUCCCUAUGAGAAGACAGCACGUGCCAAUGUCGCUGCCCACCGGAAGGUACAGGUAGACAGACUGUGGAACAUUACUUUCCUGUAUAACGUUUUCCAUACUGCCAAUUGGACCGUGGGGGCAGACGAUAUCCUGAGGGACUUCCAGACUCUCAUCUACAAGGCAACAAAGGAGCAGGGCUGGGACGGUAAAGACGGCGAAGGAGAGGUGCAGUGGUCCUUCGCCGGGGCACUUCUUUACUCCAUCACUGUCAUCACAACGAUAGGUUACGGACAUAUAGCACCGAAAACUGCCAAUGGACGAAUGGUUACCGUUGUCUACGCUCUUUUCGGAAUUCCUUUGACUUUACUAUGUCUGGCCAACAUGGGGUCGUUUCUGGCUAAUUGUUUCCGGUUCCUGUACAAACAUGUGUGUCUCGCGGUGAUAUGGCUGUGUUGUCCGUCUCAAGCUAAAUGGCACAAACAAUCUGACGGCCGUAUGAAGUCGCCUACGAAAGAGGAGGCAGACCUCAUCCGAUCGUCAAGGAAGGGAGAGCUACAUGAUGACGUCACAAUUGUCAUAGGGGACAAAACUUCAAAGGCCGACCAAAAGAACGAAAAAGUGCGCGUACCAAUUCUGGUAAGCUUAAUGUUGAUAGCCGCGUACAUAUUCGGCGGUGCGACCCUGUUUGCCAUGUGGGAAGGAUGGGACUACCUCGUGGGGUCCUACUUUUGCUUUAUCACUCUCAGUACAGUGGGGUUCGGGGACUUUGUCCCAGGGGCCGGACUAUAUUCCUUCUCUAACCAACAGAAACUCAUUAUCUGCGCAUUCUACCUGAUCUUUGGCCUGUCUUUGAUAGCCAUGUGCUUCGAACUCAUGCAGGAGGAGGUACGAGCUAAGUUCCGGUGGCUCGGCACAAAGUUUGGAAUCAUCGAUGAUGACCGGAAGUGACCAAAGGACAACUUUGUUUAUAGAAUCACAUUUUCACCAAUUGUAUGUAAAAUCAUUUGACAUGUCAUAUAUCUGUUUUCGUAUUUUUUAUACAUCAAACGACGUACUCGUCAGUUGGACGCUUGUUCGUGUGUACGACUGGAUUAUUUACAUUAUGGUCAUGUUGUUAUUCUCUUUUGACAAAUCGCUUGCAAGGUAGAAAAACGUCCGAGGCAGUCACGUGCGUUGAGAUUUUUUUUAUCUUACGUGAUUUUUCACGCGGAAGCGACGUUAUUGUGUCGUCAUAAUGAUAACAUGACGGCAGUAUUUAAAAUAUUGCGUGUGAAAUCUUUACUGAUUUUAACAUGUACGAGUAUCUUAUUUUCAGUGCUCUGUCAUGUUUCAAACUGUUUCGUAUCAUAAUGUACCAUUGUUUUCUGUCACCAGCAUGUGUGUUCUACUCCCGAUAUUAUGAUCGCGGCCAAUUACGGAAAGCAGUUACGGGAAGCUCAUUACGGGAAGCUCAUUACGGGAAGUUCGGUAAGGGAAGCAGUUACGGGAAGCUUGGUACGGGAAGCAGUUACGGGAAGCGUUACGGAAGGUAGUUACGGAAAGUAGUUACGGAAAGCUCGUUACGGGAAACAGUUACGGGAAGCUCGGUACGGGAAGCAGUUAUGGGAAGCUCGGUACGGAUUUUUCUGUAGUAUCUGGUCACUCCAUCAAAGUUAAAUGACUCACGUUUUCGACUUCUACUACGAGUUCUACUUCUGAUCUGAAAUCUACCAGUCACAUAUUGAUAACAAAUGACUUUGGUAAUCAUGCGCAUGUGAGUUGAGACCAUAAUCAGGAGAGUAGAGCGAUCAUUGAAAAUUUCACUCAGGUGACCAUAGAAUCAUGUGACAGUCACAUUACGCGCAUUUCGUCCGUAUUUCAAAAAUUCGCCUCACAUAAACAUUGUACCAUGAUACACUAUUUGGAUAUUGAUAUUUACAAUAGUGAUUUUUUUCUUUUCGUCAUCAUUUUUUACAAUAUACAGAUCUCCAUAUACUCCUAUAUCAACUAGAAACCCUUAUAAAUAGGUAUAAAACACGAACAAUAUUUUACUGGUUUGAAGAUCAUCAGGAAAAAAAAGCUUUCUUAACUGACUGUGCCUUGAACAUAACUUCAAAAUUAAUUCCGGUUGUAUAUUAUACUAGCCUAACGUAUACAAUGUUAUCACACAAGGUCCUAUGUGUCUGCUCAGAUUGGUGUGUCUAGUGAUAUACUGGUGUAUCGAGUAACUAUAGUGAAAUAUCUCAGACACGAAAGGUACAAAAACGAUUCUAAUGACCUCAAUUUGUAAAUCAUCUCUUUACGAUGAUGCCUAUUUCUCAAAAAUUGAGUAUUGGUCAGUUCUAACCACACUGAACAAACAUUGAUAACAAUUUUAGGUACCAGAACAACUUGAUUUUGUGUAGUGUGUGUUCAAUUUAAAAUAGGUCAAAUUUAUAUUGUAAUCAAAUGUGUGUAGAGCACAAAUAUUUGUCAAUUUUAGAAGAAUCUCGCAUCUGCUAUCUGUAUAGAAAGUCAGAAUAUCUUACGAACGUUCUUUCAUAGUGUGGCAUAGAAAGUAGAAUUUGUGUGUAUGGUUGUGUGAGUAUACGUAAGUUCAAUAAUGGUUUAUAGUUUUUGAGAGAGUGCGUAAUGUAGCUGUAUUGAACUCGAGUCAGACGACAGAGGUCGUAUUUAUAGCAUAUUGCCCAUCCGGCGUGGUAGCUGUGUAUAUUAUACCGUGGUGAGGCGUUCGUCGUCCGUCCGUCCGUCUGUCGUCCGUCGUCUGUCGUCUUCCGUCCGUCCAGUAUCAACUUUUCCAUUUAAACGUCUUCUUCUCACUUACAAAUAGGGUAAUAUUUGGCCGAUUGGUUCUUGGGAUGGAGCCCCACAAAGUUGGCGAAAAAGAAAUGGUCUUGUCCUACAUUCAAGGUCACUAGGGUCAAAGGUGGGAUAACCUUUAAACGACUUCUUCUGGCUAAACAAAAUAUGAUGUUUGGCUGGUAGAUUCCUGUGAUAGACCCCCCAAAUUUUGCAAAAUGAAAUGGCCUUGAGUCACGGUGGUAAAGUUUGUUGAAACAUUCAAACGAGUACUUCUCGCAAACCGAAAGGCCUAUAAUCAUGAUACUUGGCUGAAUCCUAAGAUUAAGCCCCACACAGUUUGUAAAAAGAAAUGAUUGUGACGCAUGUUCAGGGUCACAGCUGUCAAAUUUGUUAAGCCUUCUCCCGAUUAACUGGAAGGUUAUAUGAAAUACAGAGAACCACCAAACGUGUGAAUACAAGAUGAGCGAUUCGGGCCCAUUGAACUCCGUGUUGUAACUAGUUCUAGGUGUUGUAAAAAUCACAUGCACGAAUCUAUCUUAUUAAUUUCUUAUGAGCUCAUGUUUUAUUACAUUGAUGUAGACAUGAUAUUCCGCAAUAAGUGAACACAUGUAGUUACCACCUGAUUGUAUAUCUACUAGCAAAAGUUACCUGUCCUUAUAUCAACUUUCCUAUCUAUAUAGGUAAAUCCGAUUUGUAUUACACCUACCUUCACAUGUAUUGUGUAUAAUGGCGUAUCUAUCUGUACAUGUAUUAUUGAUAAUAAUGUUUCUAAUUGUACAUGUAUUAUUGAUAAUACUUUUCCUACCUUUACAUGUAUUAUAUAUGAUAAUUCAACUGAUGUUUAACUUGACCUACCUGUACAUGUACCUGGUGUUUAACUUGACCUACCUGUACAUGUACCUGGUGUUUAACUUGACCUACCUGUACAUAUACCUGGUGUUUAACUUGACCUACCUGUACAUAUACCUGGUGUUUAACUUGACCUACCUGUACAUGUACCUGGUGUUUAACUUGACCUAAUUGUACAUGUACCUGGUGUUUAACUUGACCUACCUGUACAUGUACCAGGUGUUUAACUUGACC